AUGAGUGUGGAAAAGACCCCAGGGGCUGAAAGCGCCCCGGAUGUCGAAGUCGCUCAGCCUCAGGUGAAUAAUUUCCCGCUCUUUUUUGUAACGCAGCUGACAAUCCAGGAGAGCUAUGAUUACGACCCCGAACUCAUUGCUUGCAACAAAGCUCUGGUCUGGAAGCAGGACUUGCAUAUUGUGCCUCUCUGCUCGGGUGCCUUCCUGCUGUGCUACCUGGAUCGAUCCAACAUAGGAAAUGCCAAAAUCCUCAACCAGGAUACGGGGAAUGAUCUCCUUUCGGAAACGCAUAUGACCUCGUAUCAGUACACUGUCGCACUGAUGGUUUUCCUGAUUGCCUAUGCGCUCUUCGAGGUGCCUUCGAACUAUCUGCUCAAGAAGCUGAGGCCCAGCAGAUGGAUCGGCUUCCUCAUGCUUGCCUGGGGAGCAACCGCCAUGGGCCUGGGCGGUUCGCACAGCUUCGCCCAAGUGACCGGCAUCCGGUUCCUGCUCGGAGCCACCGAAGCGGGUCUCUUCCCCGGACUGGUCUACUAUCUGACGUUCUGGUACCGCAAUUCAGAACGCUCCAUGCGAGUGGCCCUUAUCCUGGCGUCGGCGACUCUAGCCGGGGCUUUUGGCGGCGCCAUCGCCUAUGGAGUCGGACACAUGAACGAGGUGCGCGGCCUCGCUGCCUGGCGAUGGCUGUUCAUCAUUGAGGGCGCUCCGUCCUGCGCCACGGCCUUUCUGGUGUGGUUUUUCCUCCCCGACUAUCCCGAGUCUGCAUCAUGGCUCAGUCCCGAAGAAAAGAAUCUCGCAGCCCAGCGACUGCAAAUCGAAGGCUCUCAGGGAGCCGCGAAGGCCAUGAGCUGGGAGGACGCAAAGGCAGUUUUGACCAACUGGAGGUUAUAUGCACAUUACAUAGUUUACUUCGGGAUCUCAGCCCCGUUCGCCAGCCUGUCGCUCUUCACGCCGUCCCUCGUCAGCGGACUUGGAUACUCCAACCUGCGUGCUCAGCUCAUGACCGUGCCGCCAUGGGCCGCCGCCUAUGUAGUCACGACGGCGGUUGCCUGGUCCGCCGAUCACUUCAACAGCCGUGGUCUCCAUUCUGCGGCCUUCGCCCUCAUCGGCGCCAUGGGCUUCCUCGCAUCCGCCGUGCUACCUCCCGACGCAUACCUGCAUCGAUAUGGUUGCCUCAUUGUCGCAGCCUGCGGCUCCUUCGCCUGCAUCCCCCCCCUGCUCGGGUGGCUCUCCGCCAAUAUCCGCUCCACGUCGGGGACCGGGCUCGCCAUCGCGCUGAAUGUCUCGUUCGGGGCGCCCGGACAGAUUGUGGGAGUGUGGAUCUACAAGUCAGACGAGGAGAAGAAGGGCUACCCGACGGGACACUGGACGAACGCGGGAUUGCUUCUGAUGGUGACGGUGGGGUGUAUCUUGCUGCGAGUGUACUAUGGGUGGAGGAACAGGCGGGGGAAGUCGGAGUCGGGAGAGUGGUUUGCGUAUUAG